AUGAUGGACAAACCAACCCGACUCCUUCUUCGACCGGCAAUUUACGCAGUCCGCUCUCCUCCAGCAGAUUUCACUGGUGAUCCAGAGACCGGCCUUGCUUUUUACAUCUGCUCUGUUAAAGGCUGCAAGAACAUUUGGGGUCUCCAGUGGAAGCUGCCGAAUGAGUCGGAUGGAGUGGUGAAAUGGAGUGAAUACAAGGCGCUCGCAACCAAAAAACCUUGCUUGAGAUGCAUCAAAUCAAAUCAUCACUUGGAAAGCUCGGCCAGUUCUCCGGAAGCGUUGGCAGCUACCACCAACGGUGGCACCAAGAACAUCGCCCAAGACGAUGCUGAAAAUGUCACUAGCGACAACAACACAGAGCAUAUCAUGGACAAGAGCAAUGCUGAGAAUGUUACUAGUGACAACAACACAGAGCACAUCAUGGACAAGAGCAAUGCACAGCAGGGCGAUCUCUGGGAAAUUGUCGACCAUCGCGAAGCAGAAGAAUCCUGGCAGUUUGUGUAA